GUCCAGAGGUCUACUGCUUGUCAAGGUUUUGUCGGGCACCAUUGCAUACAGUCAUCAGUGAGUCAUCAUCGAGGAUGCAACAGCUGCUGGCGGAGUUUGGGCUGGAUAGGAGGUGGUAGGAAGCCAACUUGCGAAGGAACGAACGACCGGAGCGGACCUCGUGCUUUCGACGGAAGCCGAGCAGGAUGGCACCCGCCUUUGCGAGAGCAUCCCAACAGACACAGCUGCUCGUCGCGUACUGCGAGAAUAAUGCUAUUUGAAGAGGCUGGCAUUUGGCGGCAUUCAUAUCAGCUCAGACUCUUCCAAAGUGUUUAGAAGUGUCAGAUAUGGGCCACUUCUGAGUGUGCCCAUCUCCUGCAUUUCAGCAAGUCGGGAAGGACUGCCUCUUUUUUGCAAAAGAGAUGUGCGCUCAAAGGAAGCUUUCUGCAGGCAUAUGGUGCGCUGAGUUAUGCAUGGAAGCUAACAUGAUUUGAUUUUUCAGCAAUGCCGGCCGCAUCGAACAAGGCGAAGAAGUCCUCUUCGCAGGACAACAUCAACUCCAAGCUCCAGCUGGUCAUGAAGUCCGGCAAGGUACAGCUUGGACUCAAGUCGGCUCUCAAGUCGAUGCGCACCGGCAAAGCAAAGCUCAUUCUCAUCUCGGCCAACACUCCGCCUUUGCGCAAGAGUGAGAUCGAGUACUACGCUAUGCUUAGCAAGACCAGCGUGCACCACUACCAGGGCAGCAAUGUUGCGCUCGGGACAGCGGCGGGAAAGCUUUUCCGUGUGGGGUGGGUAUUUUUGUGAUCAAAUGCGACGUGCACAGCCGAAGGAAGGCAAGGAAGAACCUGGAGAAGAGGACAGGCCUCGAGUCUUGGGACGCUGCGCCAUCGGGGCAAGGGGAAAAGCUGAGGCUCUUCGCAAACAGGAGUCAGCGCAUCCCUUUGUGGACUGUGGUCGGAUAUCAUGUGUUUCUUGCUCGCGUCGCGUGGCUGCGCCGCUUUGCCGUUCAUCGCGCUCAAUUGAAGCAAUCAAGGGCGAGGCGGUUUGUGGCGCGAGAUGCUGGCCGAAAGAAGAUUGGAAACAGCUUUUCAAACACGCAUGACGCAGCAGCUGACCAUCUCAUUCUUGUUUGCGACAGUGUCAUGACUGUUCUCGACGCCGGUGACAGUGACCUUCUCAGCUCGGUCGCUGCAUGAGUGCGGCAAUGCCGAUCGAUAUGUUCAUCGCAC